AUGAAAAAAGCAGAAGGCUUGUAUGAUCUUGUAGAAGAAUCUUCUACACCUGCUAUUCCUAACAAUAAUGAUACUCGCUCAAGAAAUGCAACUAGAGAAUCAUUGAGCAACAUGUCCACUACUUUUAGAGAAAUGCUCACCAAAGAAGAACGUACAGAAUUAAAUUUAGAGAAUUUACAAAAAAUAUUCAAACAAACAGCAAAACAUUCUCCAAAUAAUUCCAAAACGUGCAAAGUAACAAUUAUUGGAGCUCCAAAUGCUGGAAAAUCAACAAUUCUCAACAAUCUAGUCAGAAGAAAAGUAUCAGCUGUAUCUCCCAAGACACAAACGACUCGGAAUCGUUCCCUAGCUGUACUCAAUGAAUCAUCUCAUCAAAUUGUGUUUUUUGAUACACCAGGUAUACUAAAUAUGGAAAAUUCUAAAUUGAAAGUUGAUAAAACUGCAAAAGAAACAAUAGAAGGAUUACAAGAUGAAUCAUGUUUGACUAUGGAAUUAGCUGAUGUUGUUUUAUUAAUGAUUGAUGUUACAAAACCAUUGCAUCAUAUCGAUCAUAUAUUAGAUUUACUUUCGAAAUAUGCCAAAAAAGAAAAACAAUUUCAUUUAUGUGCAUUAAUUAACAAGAGUGAUAUGGUAGAGAUGGAUCGAUGUGAAGAAUAUAGAUUUGAAUUGAUUCGUUCCGAUGUCUUUGAUCAAGCCUUUAUUGUGAGUGCUAAAACAGGUUAUGGAUUAGAAAGUUUGAAAAAAUAUUUAUUUGAAAAAUCAAAAAGCAGAAAAUGGUAUUUUGAUGAAACAGCUGGAGUAACACCUGCAAUGACUACUCGUGAUGUUGUGAAAGAGGUUAUUAGAGAGAAACUCUAUCGAAGAUGUAACAAGGAGGUCCCUUAUCAAACUCAAAUUCAAAUUACAAAAUUAGAAUUGUCUCCAUCAGGUGAACAUUUAAUCAUUGACGCAGAUUUGAUUGUGAGAAAUGUUGGACAGCAACGAAUUGUUCAAAACGCUCUCAAAUAUGUCAAUACUUACGCUACUGCAGAUCUGCAGAGAAUGUAUAAGGCAAAUGUGGUAUUACAAUUUAAAGUUAAAAUUAAAUAA